AUGCCGGGGAAAGAUGUGAGCGCGGAGAGCGAGGCGCGGUACGCGGCGCUGCAGCAGACGCGGCUGGAGGCGGAUGGGAAAGCGCGCGCCACGCAGCGGCUGGCGAUGUUGGCGGUGGUCGUGGCGCUGGCGGCGGUCUUGGCGGUGGGGGGGCUGCUGUGGUUUCGGCCAUCUGCGAAGCCGGAAGGCCCAAGCUUCCCGCCCGACAUGGAGGAGAUUCACCCCGGCUGGGUCUCCGCCACAGUGCCGGUGAUCGUCCGUGAAGAGGCUUCGAAGGAGUCCAAGCAGCUGGGCAUCCUGGAGGCCAAUACCCGGCUCUACGUGCAGGAGGUGCGGGGGGUGCGGGCGCGCAUCGUGGAGCCCAUGGAGGGCUGGGUCUCCUGCGUCUCCGGGAACGUCCAGGUGCUGACGGUGCACGAGGUGGAUGAGGAGCUGAGGGAGGUGCGGCAGAAGCUGCUGGCGCACCAGAAGACCCAAAGGGACCUGCUGGCGGCCCUAGAGAAAGCGCAUCAGAAGGGCCACAUGGACCCGGCCAUCACCAAAGAGGUGAAGGACGUGCUGAAAGACGAGACCAGCGCAGUGAAUGCCAUGGGCGUGUGA